AGCUCACUUUCGUUUUCGAUUCUAACCUAAAGUAAACUGAACUGUGUCUCUCCAGUCCUGGGGGCGCGCGCAGCGAGGAAAACAACUCUAUUGGACAGAAUUACACGACAUUCAAAUAAACCCAACGCAGUCUUUGGUUGAAGACAUGGAAAAGAAAAAACAUCGCAAUGACAGCUCCCAGGUCGCAGAAUCAUUUGAUCCUCUGUACAAGGGAGGGGAGAAGCCCAAAAAUGAAAACCAGCAGAAUGGCAAGGAUGGCUCAAUGCAGGCCAGCUCCUCUGAUCCAUCCACAUCUGGACACAGCUGCAACCAGAACGCAAGUAAGGCAAGCAAACGCGAUGGAGACAGCUGCAACGAGGACGCAACAAAGUCAAGCAAACACCAUGGAGACAGCUGCAAUAAGGAUGGAAGUAAAGCGAGCAAACUCGAUGGAGACAGCUGCAACGAGGACGCAAGAAAGUUAAGCAAACACCAUGGAGACAGCUGCAACGAGGACGCAAGAAAGUUAAGCAAACACCAUGGAGACAGCUGCAACGAGGACGCAAGAAAGUCAAGCAAACACCAUGGAGACAGCUGCAAUAAGGAUGGAAGUAAAGCGAGCAAACUUGAUGGAGGCAGUGGCAACGAGGAUGGAAGUAAGGCGUCCAAACACAUGCCUGUUUGGGCGCCGUGUGGCGAGGAGCGCAGUGAAGUCGGCUUGUCGUGCUGCCGGCUGGAUGAACUGAAGACGCUUCCACAGUGUGACAUCAAACUGGGAAAACUGCAUUUCUCAAAGACUCACACCGUCCUCAUAGAUGUGAAUUCCUUCAGCUGCAGGGCGAUUGUUCCUCAGGACGGGAGAGACCUGUGGCUCAGUAGCUUUGUUAAGAUGCCGUGUUCACCAUCGAGCGUCUCACCCAAACCAGACACACAGUUUGGUCCCGUUAGAUUCAAGAGUCAAUCUGGCCCAGUGUCGAGGUGGAGCCUGAUCUCCGAGCAGCUGCGUGCUCUGGCCAAGAAGAAAGCAGCAAAAGCCGAAGAGGUGGAGAAAGCCAUCCUCAGAUACAACCCCAGCUAUGAACGCGAGUGGUCUUUUGAUGCACUUCCCAGAUACGUGAAGAAUGACAUCGAAAACCUCUACGAGAAGCUGUUUCCGAAGAUUGCUGCUUUGGCCUUGAAGCUGCCUGAUGAAGUCAAGAAGGCCAUCCCUCUGCUGCAGCGCCACCAACCAGCCUCCAUCACUUUGUCCCAGGGUCAGAUUUCCUGUCUCCUUGCCAACGCCUUCUUCUGCACCUUCCCUCACCGCAACACCACCAAGUCCAACGCAGAAUACCACAAUUACCCGCCCAUAAACUUCAGCAGAUUGUUCGGAAACUGGUCGGAGCGGAAGAGCCAGAAGUUCAAGGCCAUCAUGCACUACUUUAACGUGAUGACAGACGAGAAAUCUAAACCAGAAGGCCUGGUGACGUUCGAGAGGCGGUGGCUCAGCGACGCAGAAGCUCAGGCCUGGGGAAAGUGCACAGACACCCUGCACAAGCUGCAUGUUACAUCAGAGGGCCGGAUCGAGGCCGAAGGUGCACAGUUGCUUCAGGUGGACUUUGCUGCCAGCAAGAUAGGCGGAGGUGUCCUGGACUCCGGCCUGGUUCAGGAAGAGAUCCUGUUCCUGAUGAACCCAGAGCUAAUCGUAGCUCGUCUCUUCACAGAGAAACUUGACAGGGAUGAGUGUCUCAUCAUUACAGGUACGCAGCAGUUCAGCUGUUACUCUGGUUUCAGUGACAGCUUUCAGUGGUUGGGCCCUUAUGAUGAUCACCUCGAAAGAGACGAGUGGCGUCGGCUGAAGCGGCAGAUUCUGGCCAUCGAUGCCUGUCACUUCAGACAACCCAUGGAUCAGUACAACAUGGAGAAAGUCAAACGGGAACUGAACAAGGCUUACUGUGGGUUCAAAGGUCACUAUGGUCAUGAAGAGCCAGACAUCGCCACAGGAAAGUGGGGCUGUGGAGCCUUCAAUGGAGACCCAGAACUCAAAGCUGUGAUCCAGCUGAUGGCAGCAGCAAAGGCCAGGAGGGGUUUGGCCUUCUUCACGUUUGGAGACCACGAUCUGUGCAGAAGGCUGCAGCAGACGUACCACCUGCUGGUCACACAGAAGAUGACAGUCGGCCAGCUGUACAGACAUCUGGAGAAGUACUGUGCUCUACGUAACAAACCCAAUUUCCAUGAGGGUUUGUUUGACUACCUGAGAAAAACCCAGAGUCAGCUCUGAGGCGGCCUGCUCUAUGUGCAUCAAACUGAAGGAAUUGGUUUAUAAUGAAGAAAACAAUACUUCUGAAAUACGCUUUUUGCACAUUUUGACACUGUGAUCGAGAACAAACGGUAACGCAUCAGAGUGUUAAGCCAGACUAAAAUGAUUAACCAAUCAAAUUACAUUCACGGUUCUUAGAAGCUGCCAGAGCCAAACAUCCCGUCACUGAAUGUUUGCUCCUGAUACAUGGAGCUUAGUUUUUAGUUCUAUUUGUGUUAAACAGUGAGGGUUCUGUAGUAUUAUCUUAUCAUAUACAGAUAUUUCUGGAUUUGAGAAUUUGCAGAAUGAGCCGAACUAGAAUAGUUUUUUUUGUGUUCUAAUGAGUUUUCUCUAAUUCUACUCGCUGUCUGGAUUACACUACAGUUUUCAUUUACAGUACAUUAGUUUGGCUUUCUCAGUGAAAUAAUUAAACAUAUAGUUAUUGCUCAACAGCACUGAUAGAAAUCCUUUAUUUUGGUUCAAAACAUUAAAACAGGCAGCACCAAACGAAAAUAAAUACAUGCUUUAAUCCAGAGGUUGUGUGUUUACUGACAUCUGCAUCAAUUCUGUGACGUUUCCAUAGAGACAGGCUGUAAUGUGGUACAAGCAGACCUUAAAGAGUGAUGUUUUGGACUGGAGGGAAAAAAAGUAUCAAUGAUCUAUACAUGUGACAGAUCUGUUAGAUUUGCAGAAGCGUCUUCAGCUCCUAAGCUUGACUUUGUAACUCAGAGGCCGCUUGAGAUGUUGAACUUCUAAUAAAACUUUUUUUUUAAAAAACAAAAAUUCUUCUGCUAUAUUAGCUCAAUGUGUCAAACAAUCGCUGAUGCAUUUCUAUUCAGAAACCCUCACCUCAUAGUCAGCUGUACACAUGGAGCAGCUGUAGAUCUUCCCAUCAACGUUUGAUGAUAUUAACCAAAAACCUUUUUCAAAUAAAAAUGGG